AUGCUCGGCCAGGCUGUCAACGACUCGUCUGAGGACCAGAUCUCGUUCCUCGAUCUCGAAGACGGCUAUAGCUACAGCAACUCGGGAGUCUCGGAACAGUCGUCCAAUUGCUCCAGGGAGAGGAAUGCUCGAUGGUGCCAAAACCCCCUGCUAUACACAAUUUUUCAUGAGAUAGGCCAGCUCGAGCUCUUGGAUGAACUAUUUGAGCACGAAUUUACGGAUAUUUGUCUUCCUAUUGAAUCAGAGACUCAGCUCACGCGUGUAUUCCUCGAUCCAGCACUUCGGCCUCUAUUCCUCGCGGCACAGCAUCGGGUCUGUGUACAGCCCGAUUGUACACCUGAGAUCCAACUUGAAGAAAUUCGAACCGGUCAUGGGCACUUGAUGACAGAUACGGAUCUUCCUCUGCAGUAUCGGCGGUCGGUGGGUCAGGGCGGUUCUGCGACUGUGGACGAGGUUUUGAAUCUGAAGGACGGCCGAGUGUAUGCAAGAAAGAGCUGGAAGAGAAUGGACUCGGUGCUUGAUGAGACGGGAUUCCAUCGCGAGAUCCAGGCAUUGAGACGUUCGAAGCACAUUCACUGUGUCCAGAUUGUGAGGCCUCUGCUCUUCCUACUUCUCACUGAGACGGACAGUCCAAUUUCAUUGCAUCUUUCCAACGUCCUCUUGCGUGCACAAUUCUCGAGUAAUCCUAGCAUUCAUGCCCGUUUUGGCAGCUACACGACCCCAAGCGCCAUGGUAUUUCUCAUGUCGCCUCUAGCUGACUCCGACCUGUGCUCCUUCCUCAAGAGCGCAAGCGUCACAUACGAUUCUCAAACGAUCCUACUGCUUCGACGCUGGUUCGGCUGCCUCGCAAGCGCCGUCCACAGCCUUCACUCGAUCAAGAUCCGGCAUCGCGACAUAAAACCACAGAAUAUCCUAGUUCAAGGUCACAACAUCCUGAUAACAGACUUCAAUCUAGCCUAUGAUUGGAGCAACUCAGAAGAUGGUGAGACGACCGUUACCUGGGAAGGGUUGACAGUACGGUAUGCCGCACCGGAGAUAUGGAGAUACGAGGAGGCGAACUCCUCGACAGAUGUGUGGAGCUUGGGGUGCGUGUUUUUGGAGAUGGCAACGGUGAUCAAGGGCCGGAGCGUGCGGGAUUAUCGGGACUUUUUCAAGGAGAAGAGAGGAAACUCACAUUUCUUUGAUAACGAGGUGGGAAUUGCUGAGUGGUGUCUGCUGUUGGAAGACUCGUCGACAACGGAUAAUACGCCGUUGCGCUGGGUUGGGGCGAUGCUUGAGAGGAAUGGGUGGAAGAGGAUGAAGUCUGCUGCUUUGUUGGAGAUGAUGAACGAGGAUGCUGGUGAUAGCGGGGGUUAUUUCGGAGAUUGUUGUCAGCGAACCCACCGCCACAGCACGCGCACCAGUAACAAAUCCCCAAAUCCCACCGGGCACUUGCUGGCGUCCGCCGCCAAAAGCUUGAACCGGCUGGACUCCGUCCACAGCAUCCGGGCUCUGCAAUGCACUGCAACUGCAAUGCGUGAGGAAAUAGACGCACCAAUCAUAUGGCUCGAUCUCAAUCCCAAUCCCAAUGUCAUCUGCCAGCAUCACGAACGAUCUCAAGAUGCACCGGCUAACUUCACUUGGGACGAGGUGCGGAACUGGGUACGUAAUUCAGAGCUAGAGCUAGAGCGAGCUCUAGAGCUGCCAGACAGCUAUAAAUCAGGAGCUACCCCCUCUGCUGCGACUCUGCUCAUACAUUUCGUAUCCCACAUAUCUCAUAUAUUACUUUCUUGCCGGAGGGGAUCUGCCAUGCGAGCUACGUUUCUUGGAGCUGCCUUCUGGGCCUCUACGGCUGCGGCCCAAGUUCCGGGGCAGACGGUGACAGGGUCGGCGGGGGGUACGACUGUGGCUGGGAUCUCGUCUGGGUCUGAUGGUGAUGGGAAGUAUACGAUCGAGGGAACAGAUAUCCGUGCUACCUUUAUUCCCUACGGAGCUUCUGUGUCGAAUUUGUUCAUCAACGACACUUCUGGUAUCGAGCGCGACAUCGUCGCUGGCUGGGACAACGCAAGCUAUUACGAGGUCGACAAGCAACACCCACAUUUUGGUGGCGUGCCCGGUCGCUACGCGAACCGCAUCAGGAACUCCACAUUUGAAAUCGACGGCGAGACUUUCCACAUCCUGCCGAACGAAAACAACGGGCAGGAUACUUUGCAUGGCGGCCCUGGCGGGUGGGACUGGCGGAACUGGACUCUGGUGGCGCAUACGAGCAGUAGCAUCACGUUCAGCCUUACAGACGCUGAUGAGGACCAAGGGUUUCCAGGAGAGGUUGUGAGCUAUGUCACCUACACGCUCGGAAACCGAACCUGGGAUUUCAAGAUGGUGGCAUUGAGUACGACGAAGAAGACACCGAUCAUGCUUUCGUCUCACACUUACUGGAACCUCGACGGCUUCGCUAAUAACGAGACCGGCACCGCCCUCAACCACACCUUUUACCUUCCCUACGGCGGCCAGCGCGUCGCCACAGACCCUAUCCUCAUCCCCACCGGCGACAUCCUCGCCAACGAGAAGCACUCCCUCAAUGACUUCUGGUCAGCGCCUAAGCAAAUUGGCGCCAACUUCUCCAACCCUGCUCUCCUUGGCAACUGCGGCAACAACUGCACUGGCUACGACACGUGCUUCCUGACUUCGCGUGCCGCCCUCGGCUCCUCCAACUGGGACGCGAAGCCCGUAGCGCGGCUGGCGAGCGCGUGGAGCGGCAUCAGCGUGGACGUGUAUACGGACCAGGAGGCGUUCCAGAUGUACUCCUGCGGAGGGCAGAACGGCAGCGUGGCGCUGAAGAGCACGCAGGGCCUGCACGGUGUGCAGGGUAGGCCGAGGGUCAUUGAGCAGUACGGCUGCGUGGUGAUGGAAGUGCAGGAUUGGAUUGAUGGCGUGAAUCACCCGGGGUGGGGGAGGGCGAGCAAGCAGAUCUUUGGGCCGGAUGAUGGGCCGUAUGUGCUGAGGGCGAGGUAUGAGUUUGGUCUUGAUGGAUAG